AUGCGUUUCUACUACUACAUUGCUUUCACCAUUGCCGUUUCAUUCGCUGGAAACAAUAUUUCUUUUGUCCGUGCAAAUCAGAACGAGCUCCUUCAAACAAAUUCGGAACCUGGUAGUAUCAAGCGCUCUUUGCGCUCUCAAGGUAAGGAAACCGACUCCAUGGACUCGCUGAAAGAGGACGAAGAGCGUUUUCUGACGGGUUUGGUUCAGCGGAUAUGGAGAAGACGUAGGCAAAAGGCGACUGAGAAUACCGACAAAGAGUCACUUCUCAGCCAAAGCCAGAAGAGCUCGAUGAACGCGUUCUUAAAGAAGCGUCCUAUAAAAUUGAAGAUUCUAGCAGACUAUCGGAGGCAGCAAAAAGAAGAACUCUUGGAAAAGAAAAAGCUUAAGGAGAAGGAAGAAAAAAUGGCUAAAGAAAUUCUCAGGCGCAUCAAGAAGAUUGGCAAUGAGAGACCUUGA